GUGGUAGCAGAGCGUUUCUUCCCAGUUUCAACACCAACACCCUAGAAACAACAGCCGUAUCACCUUCAUCCCUAUCUAUUCCCCUGAAGCUACACUCAGCAGAUCUUAGUGUUCAAAUUUGCUGGUUCCCUACUUGUUUUCGUUUGAUUUGUUUCCAUACGGUUCCAGUUCGGAUUCAAUUGAGUUGAUAAGUAAUUUUUUGUAAAUAACUUCCUACUCAGACCUGGCUUCUAUAGGCUGCCAAUCUUGUUCAUAGGUUACUUUCAGUGCGGUCUAGCAGCUCCCCAAAUAUCGUGGAGAAUAGGUAUCCUUUUAGUCGAAUCACAUCCAAGGGUUCUUUGAGUUUGAUUUGUAUAUAACAAUCUCCAUCGGUAUAUUUUAGUUGAAGAGACCCAAAUUGACAAUGCUGUCUGAUACUAUAUGGUCUAACGGCAACGGGGUCGCAUCCCCCCAUCACCAGCCUUCUAACUACCGUUCAGUUUUAGAUCAAGUUGAUCCUGAUGUUGCCAAAAUGUUAGCUAACUCGGCUGCUGCUUCUUCUUUAGCUUCAACCACUUCUCCUUCUGCUCAUACCCAUACUAUUGGAGAGUCUAGACGGUUUUCUUUUAAUGAUGGUGAAAAUAACAUCUUUGGGUUUAAAAAGGAAUCUUUACCCGCCAUCGGAGGUUAUGCCGCUAGUACUGGUGGUGUACACCACCACCCUCAAGCUGCUGCCUCUGUAGCUGGUCCGACCCCAAAUCCACCUCAUCCACAUUUGGGGUUUGGUACUGCCUCUAUUAGUGGUGGUAUUGCUAGUAGACACCCUCCUCAAGAUAGUUUUUUACAAAAGUUUUCUUCUGUUGCUGAUGCAACAAGAGAUAUUGAAUUAUCCAAUAAUUUGGGUAAAUUAACUAUGGAUAGUUCUUCAAAUCCUAUCCAAUCAAAUGGUUUACCUAGCUCCAGAAGAACUAGCUUUAAUCAAACUGAUAAUCAAGUUGGUGGUGCCUCUCUUUUAACUUCCCCUCGUGGUUCUUUAAAUGAAAAUUUAAAUAUGCCUGCCGCUCGUACUUCAAGACAUCAAUCUAUUAGUGAAAAAAUUGAUCAUUAUAACAGUACCUCUCCAAUUCAAGCAAGUGCUGCAUUAUCUGUUUCUUCGGAUUUGAAUUCAAAUAUUGGCCUAAACCCUAAUCAACAAUUAUCUAAUAAUAAUUCCGACCAAAAAAAUAAUUCUAAUCGUUUUUGGAGCCCAGCUACCGCUACUGCUUUCACUCCUAAUAAUUCAUAUAAUUACUUUAUUGAUAAUUCUGGAUUCCCUCAUGCUGGUCCUCCUCCUCCUCCUCCAGGACAAGGAUUUAAUCCUUAUGUCAGAGCGGGCCCUCCUCCCCAAUUCAUGGUUCCUUCGCCUCCUCCUCAAUUCAUGGAUCCAAAUUUUUACCAAAUCAUGAAUUAUAAUAACUUGAAUAACCCAAAUUCUGUCACUCCUCCUGAAAUGGAUAAUUUUGGCUCUGGUUCUUCUCCUGAAAAUGCUAAACCUGGUGACAAUGGCGAAUCUGCCGUAUCCUCCGAUGAUUCAGAAAAUCACAAAGAGUUUCUGAAAAGAGCAAAUACUCCUGGUAUUGGUUUGAUUAAUCGUCAAAUGGCAGGCCCCGGCGCUGGAUUUAUGUUUGCAGCCUUUAAUCCUUAUUCUGUAUAUCAACAAUCCCCUCCUUUGCCUAAUAAUGUGACUAGCGGUGAAACUUCUCCUACUGGUGAUACAGCUUCUCCAACCGGGAAUGCCCCAAACCCUCCAUUGUCACAACCUGGCCCUAUUCCAACCGCAGGGUUACCCUCUGGAGGUCCGCCUCCAAUGUUUAUGGAUCCAAAUAUGAUGCCACCAAUCAUGUCAUCGAGAUCAAUUCCACCUGUCAAUCCAAGUCCUAAUAAUUCUAAACCUUCUCGUAAAGAAAGAAAUGGAUCUAAAAAUCCUAACUCCAACAAUGGGAAAAAUGGUGCUAAUCAUAUUUAUAGAUCGCCAUUACUUGAGGAAGUUCGUUCCAAUUCUAAAGGUAAAGAAUAUUAUUUGAGAGAUAUCUACGGCCACGCCGUUGAAUUUACUAAAGACCAACAUGGUUCUAGAUUUAUCCAACAAAAAUUACCUGAUGCUACUGAAGAAGAAAAAGAGGUUAUCUUCAAUGAAAUUAGAGAUAUUUCUUAUGAAUUAAUGACUGAUGUGUUUGGUAAUUAUGUAAUUCAAAAGUAUUUUGAGCAUGGUUCAACCACUCAACAAAAAAUUUUGUUAGAAUACAUGGAUGGCCAUAUAUAUGAAUUAUCAUUACAAAUGUAUGGUUGUCGUGUUAUUCAAAGAGCCUUAGAAGCUAUUGAAUUGGAUGCACAAAUAAAAAUCAUUAAUGAGUUGAAGGAUUAUGUAUUAAUUUGUGCAAAAGACCAAAAUGGGAAUCACGUUAUUCAAAAAUCGAUUGAAAAAAUACCUUUUGGAGAGAUUAAAUUUAUUUUGGAUAGUUUAGAUAAUCAAAUUUAUCAUUUAUCCACUCAUCCAUAUGGAUGUAGAGUCAUUCAGAGAUUAUUAGAACAUUCAAGUGUUAAAGACCAGAAAAAAAUCUUGGAUGAAUUAAAUCGCUUCAUAUUUUAUUUAAUCCAAGAUCAAUAUGGUAAUUAUGUGAUGCAACAUAUAUUAGAAAGAGGUAACCCUGAAGAUCGUGAAGAGAUUUUGAAAGUUGUUUUAGGAUCGGUUGUAAAUUUUUCUAAGCAUAAAUUUGCUUCCAAUGUUAUUGAAAAAUGUAUAAAGUAUGGAUCAUUAAGUCAAAGAAAAAGAAUAUUACAUGAAGUUAUGGUUGGUAAUGAAGAUAUCAACGAAGAAAUGGUUAAUGAUGAUUCAGCGUUAGCAUUAAUGGUUAAAGAUCAAUAUGCUAAUUAUGUUAUUCAAAAAUUAGUUGAAGGUUUUGAUGCUAAAAGUGAUGAAAAGAAGAGAUUAGUUGCGAAAUUAAGACAGUAUUUAAAACAAAUUUCUUCUAAAAAUACUUAUGGAAAACAUUUAGCAUCCGUUGAAAAAAUGAUAAUUGUUGCUGAAAAUGCUUUAAUUGAAGCGGAAAAGGCUACUUGA